AUGGCUCCCAAACCGACAAAACGGAGCGCCGCUCAAGACGACGAUUUCGUUCUCACGCUGUCCGACGACGAAGAUGUCCCACGCUUCGAUGACGAGGAAGAGAUCGAGCCCGAGGGCAAAGAAUCCUCAAGUGACAACAAGAAACGCAAACGCGAAACCGAGACUUCUAAGGAUAAGAGCAAGAAGCAAAAGCAACAAGUCAAGAAUGUGAAGGGCAAGAAGGGCAAGGUCAUUGAGCCCGAGUCUGAAGAGGAGGAAGAAGAAAAAGAGGAAGGAAUGGGUGUUGGUAACGAUGAUGGCGCGCUGGAUCCUGAAUUCGAGUUUGACGUUGGCGGUGUUGCCAAUGUCGGCAUCACAGAAGGAUUUGAUGGCUGGGGCUUGGAUGACGCCAAACAGAAUGGUGGUGAUAAGAAGGCGGUUGAUAUCGACGAUAUUAUCACACGACGAAACGCCAAGAAGGAGGCGGCUGCAGCGAAGAAGCAAAAGAAGGCCGCCGCCCAAAAAGAAGAAAGCGACGAGUCUGAUGACGAAGAUGUCGAAGGUGGCAUGGACGUGGACUUUGGCGACGAUGAGCUCCUGGCCGAGGAUGGAUUCGGAAUGGGCGUCGAUGGUGAGGAGGAGGAAAGCGAAGCUGAAGGCCCAGAACCUGGCUCUGGCCCUGAAGAUAGCGACGACGAUGAAGAAGCUGAAGACUCCGACUCCGACUCCGACGACGCUGCCUCUGACAACGACUCCGUCGCUACCCCCGUUGGCCACCCUGAUGACAGGGGCGAUGUCAAUGGAGACUCCGAUGCCGAGAGCGAGGUGGAUGAGGAAGAGCAAGAGAAGCGCAAGGCAUUCUUUGCUCCCGAAGAGAAGACCGACGAAAAGACCGCCGCAGCCUCCGCCAAAAGCACCUUCCAAGAUUUCAACCUCUCUCGUCCCAUUCUCCGUGGUUUGGCCUCUGUUGGCUUCACGGACCCUACACCUAUUCAACGAAAGGCCAUCCCGGUGGCACUUCUGGGCAAGGAUAUUGUUGGUAGUGCCGUGACGGGUUCCGGAAAGACGGGCGCGUUCAUUGUUCCCAUCCUCGAACGUCUACUCUUCCGUCCUCGCAAGACCCCUACAAGUCGUGUUACGAUCUUGAUGCCUACUCGUGAGUUGGCGGUCCAGUGUUACAAUGUCGCUAUCAAGCUUGCUACCUUCACCGAUGUCACAUUCUGUCAGCUUGUUGGUGGUUUCAGUCUUCGCGAGCAAGAAAAUAUCUUGAAGAAGCGCCCCGAUGUGAUCAUCGCCACCCCUGGUCGUUUCAUCGAUCACAUGCGUAACUCCCCUAGUUUUACAGUUGAUACCCUGGAGAUUCUGGUUCUUGAUGAAGCCGAUCGCAUGCUGGAAGAUGGAUUCGCCGAUGAGUUGAAUGAGAUUCUCACGACCAUUCCCAAGUCCCGACAGACUAUGCUGUUCUCCGCCACCAUGACAGACUCUAUCGACAAGCUUAUCCGCGUUGGAAUGAACCGUCCUAUGCGACUGCAAGUCGAUGCCAAGAAGCAAACCGCUGUGACCCUGACCCAGGAGUUUGUUCGUCUACGCCCUGGCCGUGAGGAUAAGCGACUUGGAUAUCUUCUACAUCUGUGCAAGGAGCUCUAUACCGGACGAGUCAUCAUUUUCUUCCGACAAAAGAAGGAGGUCCACCGAGUACGCAUUAUCUUCGGACUCUUGGGACUCAAGGCCGCUGAAUUGUACGGUAGCAUGAGUCAAGAACAGCGUAUCAAAAGUGUGGAAAAUUUCCGUGAUGGCAAGGUCGCUUAUCUCUUGGCUACUGAUUUGGCCUCCCGUGGUCUUGAUAUCAAGGGCGUGGAGACUGUGAUCAACUACGAGGCCCCACAGAGCCACGAGAUCUACCUGCAUCGUGUCGGUCGUACCGCCCGUGCUGGUCGAUCCGGUUGUGCUUGCACGAUCGCGGCGGAGCCCGACCGCAAGGUUGUCAAGGCUGCCGUGAAGGCUGGCAAGGCGCAGGGCGCCAAGAUUAUCAGCCGUGUCGUCGAAAUGGCCAUUGCAGAUGAUUGGGCUCAGAAGGCGGCUGAUCUCGCCGAUGAGGUCGAAGAGGUUCUUGAGGAGGAGAAGGUUGAGAAGCAGAUGGCCCAAGCCGAAAUGCAAGUCACCAAGGGACAGAAUCUGAUGAAGCAUGGCUCGGAGAUCAUGUCGCGACCCAAGCGUACCUGGUUCGAGAGCGAGCAGGAGAAACGUACGGCGAAGAAGCUGGGUCGUGCGGAGUUGAACGGACCCCCCAACGCCCCGACGAAGAAGGACAAGAUCAAGCUCAGCAACAAGGACAAGAAGCGAUUAGAUGAUGCGAAGAUGCGUCAUGAAGGAGACAUUGGACGGAAGAAGAGCAAGUCGGAGCGGGAUGCGCCCAAGACGAAUGGCAAGGGCAGCAAGGAUAAGGGCAAAGGAAAAGGCAAGGACAUGGCUGACAUGUCGUCCAAGUCUGCUUUACCGCGGAAGAGUGCUUUCUCGUGCGAGGCCUGUCGCAAGCGCAAGGUCAAAUGCAACGGAGCUAGUCCGUCAUGUUCACGAUGUGCCGCUCGAGGUGAAGUGUGCGUGUACAGCUUAGCUCCUACCUUAUCAUAUACCAAACAACUUGAAACUCGAGUUGCUCAAUUAGAAGACGCCCUGGCCAAACAGCAAUCCGAUGUGGAUGCGCGCAAGGUCAGCUCGCCGGCCUCGGUGGCGGAGUCCAGUUCCAGCGCCGGACGCAAGAUUAAGACGGAGAACGAUGAUACCCACGAUCUCACCAGGAACUUCGAUGGCCUAAAUGUUGAGAAUGAUGGUCGGAUCUCUUUCCAUGGCCCCACGAGUUUGUUUCAGCUGCCCAGCGGAGUGGUCAACGAGACCGCCUCAACCUCACACUUUGCCCAGGAGAUGGAGGCCCGCAAGGAGCGGCUGGUCAACAGUGCGUGGCGAGAACGGGCCUUCGAGCAGAUGGCUGCAAUGCCGGAGCCUUUUCAAUAUCUUCUCGAUUCCCAUUGGUGCUGGAUUCAGCCACUUUUCAACUUUGUCUACCGCCCGGCCUUUACACGUGAUAUGAAAAUCCAGGGACCUUAUUACUCCGAUAUCCUAAUGAACGCCCUGCUCUCCCACUCGGUACGAUGGUGCAAAGCUGAACCACAGAUCGGCCCAUUAUUGGACUCAUUCGACGGCGGUGCACAAUUCUACCAGCGUGCAGUCUCAGGACUCCACGACUCGCUCAAGGUUGGCUAUGCGGGCAUCCCAACGAUCCAAACAUUACUCCUCCUCAGUGCCCAGGAAUGCGGUCGUGGCAAUCGGACACAGGCUUGGCUCUACAGCGGCAUGGCCUUCCGUUUACUCGAUGAUUUAGGUAUCUCAAUUGAUAGUCGCAAAUACCCCGGAGCAGUACAGCUCAGCGAUGAGGAUAUUGAGAUCCGUAACCGACUCUUCUGGAGCUGUUAUUUCUGGGAUAAGAUCGUUUCGCUAUACUUUGGACGGGCACCUACGAUGCAACAUUCUCGCGUCAGCCCGCCACGCAUGAUAUUGGAUGAUACUUCUGAAAUUGAAAUAUGGACGCCACAUGGCGUGACCUUCCCCGAUGGGGCACACUACCCACCUACACAAGCGCAUUCAACCUCAUGCUUCAUGAGGAUGUGUGGGCUAGCGGAAGUCCUCAAUCAAAUAUUAAUUCAUAUAUAUGAUCCCAUGCGACAAAGCACCGAGGCAGAAUUCUUCGACUGUGUGCAAGAGCAGUCUAGAAACCUGAGUGACUGGUGGGAUGAUCUUCCCGAGUACUUGAAAUUGGUGGCAACCGACUUGCCUCCUUAUUGUCCCCCAAGCCACAUAAUGACACUUAACUGCCUUUACCAUACUAUCAAUAUCCUACUCCAUCGUCCGAUUUUAUGCUCCAGAGGCCUAUUGAAGACUCAUCAAGAAUCAUAUGACACAAGUCACCUUGUCCAGUGCAUGUCUUCUGCAACGUCAAUCCUAUCGUUGUUCGAUCUUUAUCGCAGAACAUUCGGCGACAACCACGUUGUCUUGUCGCUGGCAUACAGCAUCUACACAGCAGCCUCUAUCUUCCUCCUUGAGAUCCAAGCACUCAAGUACGCCGCCCCGGGUACACUGGAUAAGUUGAAAUUCUGCAUAUUCGCCCUGGAACGUGUCAAAGUCUCCAACCCUGUUAUCACAACCGCUCUCAACCUACUCUACCAAGAGAUUCAAAAACUCCAAAUCGACAUUGGCAUCAGUGCCCCUGCCCCCACCGACUCCAAACAACCUCAACAGCAACCAACACCUCUCUCCAGAACCCAAUCAAGUCAAUCCCCUUCGAUUGGAAGCAAUCACUCCCGCCAUGUUUCCCCGGGCCAACAGCACCAGCGCCAACAGAGCCGUGCUACCAUGGGCACCCAACCGAACACAACGGCAUCUAAUACAUCUGCCUCGAUGAUGCCCGGAUACAGCCCUUACCAGCAACAGGCCAUCUCAGGGUUCGACCUGUCACAGAUGGGCGAGAUGCCCCAGAUGCCAGCAACACACCUUCUGGGUGGUAUGCCGAAUGCUGUUAUGACAGUGGAUGACCCUGGCUCGUACGAGAUUACCCCCGAGGUCUUCGAGGCAUUCUCGUAUGCCCAGCCCAUUACGACCAAUAUGGCUUCGUUUGCAACGAACUGGCCGGGCCAGGGUUAA